CCUUUCUGUAAAAGAUGAAUACAAUAAGAGAUCAUUCAUCGAUUUUUAUUCUUUCUGUUUUAGUUUUUGGUUUGGUCAUGUGCAGUAGACUCCAUCAUUCAACUGCCGCAGACACAAUCUCUUCCGGUGAUUCUAUAACUGGAAAUCAAACUAUAACAUCAAGAGGUGAAAAUUUUGUAUUGGGUUUCUUCAAACCAGGUAAUAAUACAUCUCGUAAUCAUUAUAUAGGUAUUUGGUACAAAAAAGUCUCAAUUCAAACUGCUGUUUGGGUUGCUAACAGAGAUGCACCUAUUCUUGAUCCAUUUUCUUCAAAGUUAACACUUUCAGGUGGAAACUUAGUUUUACUUAAUAAUUCAAGUAAAACACCAGUUUGGUCUACCGAUUUAGCUUCGAAUACUCUGGCUACAACUCAAGUAGUUCUUCGCGAUGAUGGAAACCUUGUUUUAAUAGAUGGGUCUAAUCCAUCAGUUGUCAUGUGGCAGAGUUUUGAUUAUCCAACUGAUACUUGGAUACCUGGUGGAAAACUUGGGUUCAAUAAAAGAACAAACCAAACCCAGCAACUUAUUUCAUGGAGAAGUCGAGAAGAUCCAGCCACGGGAUCUUACAACCUAGAAAUAGGACCAAAUGGAAUACCUCAGUACAUCACAUACUGGAACAAGUCCAAAGAAAUUUGGAAAAGUGGGGAAUGGGAUGAAAAAUUAAAAACUCUUCGGUUACUUCCUGAAAUGAGAUUAAAUCACUUUUUCAAUUUUAGUUUAAUUUCAAAUGUAAACGAGAGUUACUUUACUUAUUCAAUCUCCAACAAAUCUACUAUUCAUAGAUUUGUAAUGGAUAUUUCUGGCCAAAUCAAGGAAACUACAUGGUCAGAAAGCACGCAGAAUUGGACUCUGAAGUGGCUUCAACCCAAACGGUUGUGUGAUGUUUAUAGUAUUUGUGGACCUUAUGGCAAUUGUAACCAGGAUACUUGGAAGUGUGAGUGUUUGCCAGGUUUCGAGCCAAAGUCACCUAGAGAUUGGAGUCUCCAGGAUUCAACUGGUGGCUGCGUCAGGAGCACGCCUUUGCAGUGUACGAGUAUAAUUGGUUUUUCACCAAUCACAGCCUCAAAAUUGCCUGAUAACCCACGGAUUCCAAAUAUCAAUGGCACAAAAGAAUGCACAUCAGCUUGUCAAGGUUCAUGUGGUUGCAUUGCUUACGCUUUCCUUGACAAUGGAUGCCGAAUUUGGGAUGAAGAUAUUAUAAAUUUCAAUCAAUAUAAUAAAUCAUCUGGCGGAUCAACAACUUUCAAUCUUAAACUUGCAGCUACUGAUAUCCGUAGCACCAUCCCUAUCCCUAGCAGUCCCGCACCUGCCACUACUGCUCAAGUCAGAAAGAGAAACGCGAUAGUUUUGAUGAUCGUCAUACCUGUUUUUGCUUUGGUGGCAACUAUCAUGGGCGUUUUAUACAUUUAUUUGUUCCAGAGAAAUAAGGCGAAUAAAAGAAGAGGACUGAAAGGCCUCCAAGGAGUGUUGGCCGAAUUGCUGAAAUCCAAGGCUACCUACAACGACACUCCAGAUACAAAUAAGUUUGAUGAUGGUAACACGGAAGGAGAAACUCAAGAAUUGCAAAUAUUUAACCUUGCUUGUUUAUCCAAUGCCACAAACAACUUCAGCUUGAAUAAUAAAUUGGGAGAAGGAGGCUUUGGGCCAGUUUAUAAGGGAAAACUACAAAACGGGCAGGAAAUUGCUGUGAAAAGACUGUCGACAGACUCUGGGCAGGGCAUUGAAGAGUUCAAGAACGAGGUUGUAUUGAUCUCCAAGCUUCAACACCGUAACCUUGUGAAACUGUUGGGUUGUUGCGUUGAAGGAAAAGAAAACAUGUUAAUUUAUGAGUACAUGCCCAAGGGAAGCCUGGAUGCAUUUCUAUUUGAUCCAAGGAAGAAAGAACAACUAGAUUGGGAUAAGCGCUUUGGUAUUAUUGGAGGGAUUGCUAGGGGCCUUCUCUAUCUUCACCGUGAUUCUCGCUUAAGAGUUAUUCAUAGAGAUCUCAAAGUCAGUAACAUUCUAUUGAAUGAUAACAUGAAUCCAAAAGUUUCAGACUUUGGAAUGGCAAGGAUAUUUGGUGGUGAUCAAAUUAUAGCUAAUACUAACAGGGUCGUUGGUACAUUUGGGUACAUGUCUCCAGAGUAUAUAAUGGGAGGAACAUUUUCAGAAAAAUCUGAUGUCUUUAGUUUCGGAGUGCUAAUACUAGAAAUUGUAAGCGGUAAAAAAAAUAACAGCUUUUAUAACCCUGAAGAACCUCUCAACCUUCUACUUCAUACUUGGAGACUCUGGAAUGAAGACAAAUGGUCAGAGGUUGUUGAUGAAGGUUUGGGUGAUUUGUAUUCUCCAUCAGAAGUGAUAAAAUGCAUACAUAUUGGUUUGUUAUGCGUUCAGAAUAGAGCAAUAGAUAGGCCAACCAUGGCUGAAGUGGAUUUCAUGCUAAUGAGUGAAACUGAUCGUCCAGCUCCGAAAGAACCUCCAUAUAGUUUGUCAGCAUCGUCCGAUAAUCCGGGUUCCUCAAAUAACAAUGUCACUUUGAGUGCGGUUGAAGGUCGUUAGUAAUUAAACUAAAUAAACAAACGAAGGUACCUCGUAAUAUAAAGUUUAUGAAAGUUUGAUGUUAACGUAGUUUCUUCGGUGGUUCGUGUAUGUGUAAUGGAUGUUGUGUUGUGUAUUUGUUAGUUUGUCCCUUCUCUUUAGAAA